UUUUGUUCUCUGAGUAGGCGAUGAGAAGAGUAGUGAGAAAGGGAGGUUAAAAGAGUCUAGCACACAGACAGGCAUUGGCAACGGACUGACACACUGGACAAAAAUGACGCUGAUUUUCCUGCUUUUUUGGCUAAGCUUGUCCACAACAAGCGCAGCCUCUAACCUGAGAAAAGAUCCAACCGAGGCGCCAAUCCUAAUAACUGUGCCGCCAACUGAGGCUAGAUCCCGCUUUGCCAUGUUAGAUGACGUAAGACUCCUGGCUAACGGUUUACUCCAGCUCGGCCAGAGUCUCCGAGAGUUUGUGCACAAAACCAAGUCUCAGAUCAACGACAUCUUCCAGAAGCUCAACAUCUUUGAUCGUUCCUUCUACCAGCUCUCAGUGGUCACCAGUGAGAUCAAAGAGGAAGAAGAGAAGUUGAAGGAGACGACCAUAUUUCUGAAGGCCAAUAACGAGGAGAUCAGAAACUUGUCACUGGAGAUCAACUCAAAAAUUAACAAUAUUCUCCAAGAGCGAAACCAGUUGCAUAGUAAGGUUGGAGGACUGGAGGAGAAGCUGAAGGGCUUGUCUCAGAGUAUGAUGCCUCUGGAGCAACUUCAAGAGAUCACUGCUUUGAAGGAUGUGAUUGAAACACAAGAAAAGACCAUUACAGACUUGCUUAAAUCCGUUAAAGAGCAACACGAACAGCUAAAUUACCAGAAGAUCAAAAUUAAGAGUCUUGAGGAUAAGGUGAACUAUGAUACUUUUCAAGACACAGCAGAAAAACCUUUGGAUUUAAACCCAGAAACGCUAGACCCUUUUCGGUACCUAUCAAUCAACUCCACCAAUGGAACUACAGAAAUAAACGACUUCCCAACAGACUGCAGUGAUGUGUUCAGAAGAGGCCAGAGGACCAGUGGAAUUUACCCAAUCAAACCCAAUCAAUCUGAACCUUUCUAUGUUUACUGCGAGAUAAGUUCCGAUGGAGCAGCAACAGUGAUUCAGAAGAGGGAGGAUGGUUCCGUUGAUUUUGACCAGUCAUGGGAAAAAUAUGAACAUGGCUUUGGCAAAUUGGAGAAAGAGUUUUGGCUUGGCUUGGAAAAGAUCCAUUCCAUUGCUCAACAAGGAGAAUACAUUUUACACAUUGAACUGGAAGACUGGAAGGAGGAAAAAAGAUUCAUAGAGUACAUGUUCACCCUGGAAGGCCCUGCAUCUGAUUACGCCCUUCACGUGGCACCUUUGUCCGGAGAUCUGCCUGAUGCCAUGAGCAACCACACGGGCAUGAAGUUCUCAACCAAAGACAGAGACAACGAUAAUCAUGACGAGUCCAACUGUGCCCGCAAUUACACGGGUGGUUGGUGGUUCGAUGCAUGUGGGGACACCAACUUAAACGGGAGAUACGCCUGGGUGAGGCUGAGGACUCGCCACCAGCGCAGGAAAGGAAUCUACUGGAAGCCAGACAAAGGAAGCUCCUUCACUCUCAAAUCCACAAAGAUCACCAUCAGACCAUCAACCCAGUUUAAAUAAUCCCUGACCCUAUUCUCACUCUCUUAUUGGGUAAUUCAAGAUCAAUUAGAGGUGUCACACUGGCAGUAGACACUGGCCAACAAAACUUUUCCCUUUGAAUUAUGCAACUGCAAGAGGUCAUUGACUCUGGUAGAGGGUAAAAACCAAGUCAAAGGGUUAUUGCAACAUGUUAGUUCAAAAACUUCAUAGGUCACCAGAUAACACACUUUUAGCUUACUGACCAAGAAGAGUUGUUAAAAAAAAAAUUCUAAAACUGAAAAAGUUAAAAUGGCAAGAGCACACCUCUGAAACAGGAUGUGGUGCAUGUUAUUAUCAAGAGUCAACAGGAAUGGAUAAUAUUAUACAACUGCACUGCAUUCAACUAUAGAACUACUCAACAUAAUUUCACAUAUUGUAUGUUUACUUAAAGAAUGUAUUUAAGCAAUUUACACAAAUGUGCAACAGUAGAAAAAAAAGCAAUGGGUAACACUUUAUAAUAACUUUCAUUAAAUCAUAAAGAUAAUGCUUAAGAACACAUUUAUAUUAUACAAAAAAAAAAAUGCCAUAAAUAUGCUCUUGUAAUUUUGAUGUUGAAAAUUAUUACAAAGUGUUACCAAAAACAUGUAUCGUUAUGGUCUGCAUGUCUCUUUCUGUUACUGAGUCAUAUUGACUCCUGGUUAUGCUUUGUACAUACUCAGCUGUAUUGUGUAUAUUUGGUUUACAGAAUGUUUCUCAUUGAUGGUUGGGUGCAUCAUAUAUUUAUAGCAACACAUUUAGACAAUAUUAAAAAAUUAUAAAAAUAAAUCUUUCUUUAAAUUAGCCAC